CGCCGGCGGACUCGAACGAGAGCAGAACAGAAAACAUUCGAGAAAGUUCAAAUUUAAGAAAAACUGAACCCAGCCAAGAUAAAAGUUCCUGUCGAGUUGAAGGACAUUGGUACCGCCACGGUCAGCAGAUCGUGAGGAAAGAUCCGUGUGACUUCUGUCUGUGUAUUGAUAGAGAAAUGUUUUGCUACUGGCAACCGGAGCUGUGUCUAUCACCGCCCCCUUUGACUAACGAGACCUCGGUUCGUCCAACUCAAGCACAAAACACCUCCAAAGCAAUAACAUUGUCGCCGCUGAGCGAGGAAAGCGGAAGCGACAUGACGCGGGAGUCUUCCACGAUGAUAUCGGCCACGUUCACCUCGGAGGAAAACCAAACGACGGAGCUCCCUCCGUCCACAGCUCAGAUUUCCACCGCUCAGCCCACAUCUUGUAUUGUCCUAGGUGUAGAAUACCAGCUGGGUGAAAUUUUGCCUCGCGACACAGGGAGCUGUCUACAAUGCCAAUGCACCGACGAGGGCCGAAUAGCGUGCACGCCCAAAAACUGCGUCAGCCUCUCGCAAGACUACGUUCAUGACCCUAUUAACUCACUGGAUAUGUUCGACGUUGAUGUAUUUUAGGUAUAUUUUUCCCCGCAUAAGGGAGCCAAUCGAUUCAAGCUCGUGUCUGGAAAUUCGGAUUGCAUGAUUUUUACUGGGAAGAUAUUGAGUAAAUGCCGAAAUCAAGAUUUAGUUGAAUGACUGUCUAAGAUGUAAUUGACGGAAAUAAUUGAGCACUGAUCACCAGUUCCAAGGUAGCUGAUUAUGCAUUUACUGUCAUAGCUCUAUUCUCUCUCCAUUUUUCCUCCAAGAUUUUUCAAGAAAUGAAAAAUAAUAAUGAAGACCAGUCACUUCUUAGUAAGCAUGCAACAGAGCAGUAAAAUUUUUUAAUUUGACUUUUUUUAAAAUGUAAAUCCUAAUUGAUAUCCAGCUUACUCCGAAAGAUUUGUAUUGUUAGGUUCUAAGAAAUACUUUGUUACCUGUACCUACCUACCUCCAAAUUAUUAUUGCUGAAUUUGUAAUCUAAAUUUUUUUGCGAGAAAAAAUUCAAGAGCUUUACCCUUUUUGAUCACUGAUCCGAGGUAUCUAAAAAUGGGUUAUUUUAUUGAAAAUGUCGAAUCAUAUGAUAAAAUCCUCCACGGUUAAAAUAAAAGGCUCUGUUCCUAGUGAGACGUCGUCAAAAAGUUUGUAAACGAAAGUUGUGUACGUUCCUGAGACAUGGUGUUACUUCAUCUAGGUUUAUAGUGCUCAAAAAUAAGCACUGCGCCAUUUCAUUGAAAAUUCUCACAUUUUUCCGACUUAUACAGGGUUAUUCAAAAUUUACGUACUACUGGCCAUGAGGGGGGUGGCCAUUAGAAAUUUCUGAGUUGCCCCCCGACCCCCUCCCCCCGAGGAGAUCAAAAACUGGAAAGUACCUAAACAAGUUUCCUCCUCAAUAUGAGGAAAAACGUCUUAAACCGCAAAUCGAUGGCAUAAUUAGAACUAAAGUUAUGGCCAGAGGUGCGUGACUUCUGAAUAACCCUGUAGCAACACUAAACAAAUUACUUUGUCCAUGAAAUGGACGUUAAUCAUCUUCAAGUGUAUAACCUUACUUUUUUUUCAAAAAUGAAAACCCUUCAAUGGCUCAUCGGGGUUCCAUUUAUGUGAUACAAGGGUCAAUGGACGAAAUUCAAGCACUGCUAUAUGCAUUUCUUUUCAAAAUUUCACAUGAAAACGAUUUUCGUGGCCAGUUUUAGGGUGGUCCAAAAGUCCCGCACCACCAGCACUAUUAAUAUGGCGUGCUUGGCGAUUUAUCGAUUAAUCUGCCAUUUAAACUUAUGGAAAAGAGUCGAUAAACAGUGUGUUCGGAACGAACACCUUAAUAAUCGAUUCUUUACCAUAGCUUCAAAUGGGAAAAUAUCGAUAAUCGAUUGUUCAUGCCACGCCACAAUUUUUUACCUCUCUCAUACUGUAAAAAACCGCAUAAAACAAAUCACACAUACCAAAAAUGAAAGCCGGAAAACAUUAAAGUCCAUCUUUUCAUUGUUUUGAUGAAGAAAGAAUGAAUGUCAUCGUUUGAAAUUUUUACCUAAUUUUUACCUAAUAUUUACCUUCUGCGUGGAAUGAGGAUGAUUCAGAAAUAAGCCCAGGAAAUAAAGUGCAUAAGUUUUCCUUUGAAAAAAAAAAUAUCACAAGAAUUUUUUUCAAGAAUCAAUCAUCGAUGUGAGUGGAAGAGGGAAGGAAUAUGAGAGUAUUCUUAUCUCUCUCCUCCAGUAAAAUCAAUGAACUCAAUGAUGGUGGCCGUCAGAAGCAAAACUCUAGAAAAAUGUACGAUUCAUGCAUUUUAUGUAUCUAUUUACCUUUAGUUUCUUUUCAUUUACAUUUCCAAUGAUUAUUGACGGUGGCAUAAAGUUUCUAUAUAAAUUCAUGAAACCCUUCACGUAAUUUAUCAGAUUAUUUCCUUUUUUUAUAAAUAUAGUAGUUUUUAAGCAAAAGGAUAACAACUGUACCCUCUAUUAUACUUACGUAUUAAACUUAAUAUAUUUUUUUGACCGAAGAAUGGUAUGUCCGUAACAACUACAGCGAGAAAUGAGAAAUUAUUUCGAAAAUAAAAUGCUUAAACGUUUUGCGAAGAGCCUCCCGAACAUCGAGCAUGUAAGAGAGAAUGCACUUUCUUGUCACCCUAGAUAAUUAAUGAGUGUGUUUAUUCAUUUUAUACCAGUUUGUUCCUUGUGCGUUUCGGAUCCCAUGAAUAAAAGGAGCACUUAUAUACGCACACAGUCAUUAAUUUGCUGAUAUUAGGUUUGUAAUUACUUGACAAUUUUCAUCUUGAAGCGAAUUUACCUCGUAAUCUGUUUUGCAAGCCCCCAUUCCCUCUAAAUUGUAUUAUUUAGCUCCUUUACCCAUAUCAUAUCUUUUAAACAUAUCUUUUACUGUACUGAGUGCACCUAAUUGUAACACCCCACCCUCUUCAGUUCUAUUGUUUUUCCAACUUUGGUAACAAAACACUUUGUACCCUUACUGUUAAAUUUAAUUUAUUGUUAAGUUAAGUAAAAUAUUUACAGACGACGUAGUUGUCUUCUUCAUUUAGAUCAAUAAAUGAGUUUUACGAAUGUAUAAAUUAAAUUAGGGCCCAAUUAAUAAUUUUUCUGUCUUCGAAUGUUGUUUAUGUUAUAAUUUUGAAGAUUUGUCAAUAUUUUUAAACCGUUGGAACUUCCAUUAUCAUAAUAAAGGGUAUCAAAAGAGCA